AAAAACUCCUAAACUUCACCCUCUCUCUCACAGCUUCAUUUCCAUUUCUCCUUUAUGAAUUAAAGUCCGGAGUAGCUAGCGCGCAGUGGAGCUGAUGAAGUGGUUGCCAUGGCCGUCAACCUCCGCAAGCAGGAACUUCCAAGUGAAGGUCCAUGGAUUCAAGCUCCAAGGAUUCAAUUUACAGGAUACAGAAUCUUCACAAGACAAAUUUAUGGUACUUGCGAUGAAGCUCAAACGCCCUUGCAAUUCCGGACUCUUCUCAUUUCAUCGAAAAUACCAAAAAUUUAGCAGCCAAGUUUUCUUGACAAGAGCUGAAUCCAUUGAAUGGCACCAGGAGUUCGAUGCUGUCUGCAGCCUCUCUGUCUCCCAAAAGGAUCAUUCCCUUCGACCGCGCCACGUUUCCUUUAGUAUUUUACAUGGAGAGGGCCGAGAAUUGAAGGCAAAGUCAGUGGUUUUGGGGAAGGUUUCGCUGAAUUUAGCGGAAUUGGCAUCAAAGAUGGAGACGGAUAUUCAAACAAAGCUUCCGAUUUCUUUGCAGGUCGCCGGAAUUGCCAUGGAAGCUACGCUUUCGGUAUCUGUGAGCUUCAUGGAGCUCAGAAAUGCUCAAGACUCGACCCAACUCGGUCAAAACCCGACCAAGUCAGACCAUGGAGACAGGUUCUCAAGAAGACUGGAAGGCCUGAACCCCAAUGCGAAUAACCAAAAGAUGAAUCAAGAGGUGAGUACGGAUUAUUCGGACGAGUCGGCCCUAUUUGACUCGGACGAUCCCAGCAUGGAAUCGAGCUCUUCGACUGAGUCGGGAUCGUCUCCGAGUUCUGAUACUCAGUCGGACCCGGUCCGGAUGACUGGGUCGUGGAAGAGGAGGCGGUGUUUUACACCGGCGAGAACGAAAGUAGACCCGUUGAUAAAGAAUACUAGAGUAGUCAAGGAUGUGAACGAGACGAACAGCGGUUCAACAAGGAAAACAGAUUCUGAGAAGCCAACUUUUCAAUCAGAUUCUCAGUACCCAAAAUGCAAUACAGGCAGCUGGGAAGUGAAGGAAGUGGAGAGUCGAGAUGGCCAAGCCAAGCUCAAAGCCAGCGUCUUCUUUGCUUCCUUCGACCAAUGCAGUGUGCAAGCAGCAGGACAGAGCGCCUGCACCGCUUUAGUUGCGGUUGUCGCCCAUUGGCUUCAUUCCAACCAAUACAUCCUGCCAACAAGGUCCCAGUUCGACAAUCUCUUAACACAGGGUUCUUCAGAGUGGCGGAAGCUUUGUAAUAACCACAUCUACCAGGGCUGCUUCCCUGACAAGCAUUUUGAUCUUGAAACAGUUCUACAGGCUGAUCUUCGGCCUCUAUCCGUCUUGCCUGAUAAAUCUUUAGUCGGGUUUUUUAGCCCAGAAAAGUUUGUGUCCUUGGAGGGAACCGUGUCAUUUGAAGGUAUAUGGAAUGAGAUCAAUGGCCAGAAUGAAGAUCAGGAACCAAGAGUUUAUAUAGUCAGUUGGAAUGAUCAUUUUUUCGUUUUGAAGGUGGAAGCCCAGGCUUGUUACAUCAUUGACUCAUUGGGGAAGCGCUUGUUUGAAGGGUGCAACCAGGCAUAUAUACUCAAGUUUGAUGGCUCUGCUGUAAUGUAUGGAAAAGCAAAGAAAGAUGGUGCCAUUAACAAUGAGAAAGGAGAGAUAAUUUGUAGGGGUAAAGAGUGCUGUAAGGAGUUCAUUAAAAGGUUUCUUGCAGCUAUACCAGUUGGGGAGCUUGAGGUGGAACAGAAGAAAGGGACAGUUUCACUUGUCACUCUAUAUAGGCGACUGCAGAUCGACUUCCACUUUACUUCAUCUUCACCUUCAUCGUCCUUUUCUCCUUCUAUUCCUGCUACCUCUUCUACUUCCUCACUCUCCUCAAAGGAGUGAGUACAUUUAGCUAUGGUAGCUAGGCAGCCUAAUUGUAUAUUUUUCGAGUGUAAUUUUUAUUUUUUUUUACGCUCUUGUGAUCACACAAAGGUUCAAAUGAAAAUAAAAGAAAAGUUCCUGUGCUCGUCACAAGAUGGUUUUGGCACGCUUCAAA